AUGAAUCGAGAAUAUUUUUUGGAUGUAUGGUCCGUAGAUUGUGGAUUGCAAAGGGAUGAAACUCGAAUAAUAGGAGGACAAGAAACGGAACCUAACGAGUAUCCAUGGAUGGUACGUUUGACUUACUUAAAUACCUUCUACUGCGGAGGGAUGUUAAUUAACGACCGUUACGUUCUAACAGCUGCUCAUUGCGUUAAAGGUCAUUUGUGGUUUUUAAUAAAAGUCACACUGGGAGAACACAACAGAUGUAAUUCGACUUACAAACCGGAAGCAAGAUUUGUUCUAAGAGCAUUUCAAGGACAAUUUAGUUUUUUGAAUUUUGAAAAUGACAUUGCAUUAUUAAGACUUAACGAUAGAGUUCCGAUAAAUGAUCACAUACGUCCAAUUUGUUUACCCAAAACGAUGGAUAAUUCAUACACUGGUACAAUAGCCACGGCUUCGGGAUGGGGAACGCUAAAAGAAGAAGGAACACCUUCGUGCACACUUCGGGAGGUCGAUGUGAAAGUCAUGUCGAACGAAGAAUGCAGAAAGACGAAUUAUACAGAGAAUUUAAUAUCGGAUAAAAUGAUGUGUGCCGGUGAUUUGCAAGGAGGAAAAGACACGUGUCAGGGAGACAGCGGGGGUCCACUUGCUUAUAGGAGAACCGAUAAUAAAUUUGAACUUAUUGGUAUAGUUUCUUGGGGAUCGGGUUGCGGAAGGCCGGGAUUUCCAGGAGUUUACACAAGAAUCACACAUUAUUUAAAUUGGAUAAUUGAUAAUUCAAAAGAUGCCUGUUACUGUCAAAACUAA